AUGACAGACGCAUGCAUUGUAUGUUUAGAAGAUCUGGAGGUGGUAGAGGUCCAACAGCAAGAAGACGAAAAAGUUGGGGUUCCGGCUCCCGUCCCAGCACCCAGUUCAGUGGUGCAAGACCCCCAAUCCCAAUCCCAUUCCCAUUCCCCAGAGGCUCUGGAGCUCGCGAGGGGCAACGCCGGCAAAGAACCUGAUUUCGAGCAUCUGCAGCGUCGACAAUGUAUUUCUUCGGGGAAGAGUAACGGUAACGGCAACGGCAACGGUAAUGGUAACGGUAACAAUGCUUUAUGCGUGGCUCAGAUUAAACCGUGUGAUCAUGUUUUGCAUGAUCAUUGUUUGAGGGAAUGGAGUCAGAAGGCUAAUAGUUGUCCGAUUUGUCGGGCGAGCUUUAAUUUGGUCCUGGUACUGGAUGGAGUUGGAGGAACGGUACAAUCAGAAUAUACCGUCGAAGAUAGAAAACAAACCGCCGAGUUCGACUUGGCGGCGUGGCAACAAGAUAACCCGGAAGAUUACGAAGAUGAGGAAGAAGGAAGAUCGUGUCCAAUCUGCGACCAGUCAGAUCAAGAAGAUGUUCUCUUGUUAUGCGAUGGAUGCGAUGCUCCGUAUCAUACACAUUGUAUCGGUUUAGACAAUGUUCCAGGUGGUCACUGGUAUUGUAUGGAAUGUGUGGAAAGUGGUGCUUUUGGUCAACAUGAUGAAUCGCAAGGACCCGCGAGAGCGAUCCCCUUUUCAGGACAACACAUCAGCAGAACCCAGGCUAGCGUUCGACGUGCUCGGAGGAAUGGCAGACAAGAUAGAUGGAUUAAUGCUUGGGGGCAAUUAAGUAGCGCAAUCCGAAAUGUCGCGGGCGUUGAUCUCGAUUUUGCCGAGGAUGAUCAGGAGUUGAGAGGUUAUAGGGACCUUCAACAAUUUUCUGCCACAGAGUUCAACAGAUGGGAACAACGAUUACACAUCGCGAGACGUCAAGGUGCUGGUCAAAUAUUUCGUGCUGCAGCACCACAAGUUGUCCGAGAGCGCAUUCAACCACCGGCGCCUGUCGUUGAAACGCGGGAGGAAAGACAGGCGUGGGGAGCUAUGGAGAGAGCUCAACAUCUUGAUGAUACAUCGAAUGCAAGGAAGCGCAGAAGAUCAACUGCAUCACCAGCUAGUCGUGGUGGCUCAACACCAGAAGAACCUGAACGUAAGCAGAAGCGUCCAAGAACACGGAUUGUUCAAAAUGGAUCAUCAUCUGUCGCAUCAUCCAGUGCGAAUCCUCAACCUCGACCUUCAUCUAGUAGGAGUAAUGGUUCACCAAGACAAUCACCAAGACCUUCAGAUACCAUGAACACGAACAUGAACACAAACGCAGAACCUACAUUUCUUUCUUCACUUCUUCGAGAAGUUGAGAUGGCACCAUCUUCCGACGAUGAUUCGAUAAGGUUUGGAUUGGAUGUUUUAUCCAAUCGAGCAAAUGGGGCUACAAGUCCAUCAUUUGAUUAUUCAUCUCCUGCUACUUCACCAGCGUCUCCUGCAUCUUUUCGCAGUCGCGCAAUCUCAACCACACCCCCACCAAGAGGUCGACAAUCCCGUUCUCCUCCUUUGAGUUCAACUGUGAUGCCUGAUUUUUCUGCUGUUCACUAUUCACCAAAUCGAUCACCAACAGUCGAUUCCCCAAGUCAAAUGGCUGGGGGUCAAAACAAGAGAAAGAGGGAUGGAUCACCUAGCCCGGAAAUUCGACAACCUCAACCUCGUAGACAAAAAAUGUCACGAGCAAGAUCUCAAGAUUCAUCACCUGUACGAACCAAUGUUGUAAAUUCAUCAACAUCUCGAUCCGAAAAUACAUCACCAUUACGAAAUACCAUGUCAAUUGAAGAGAAACAAAGCAUCAACAAAAUAGUGAAAACGGCUCUCGGACCUCAUUGGAAAUCUCAAAAGAUUUCAGAAGAACAAUAUGCGGAUAUCAAUCGAAAUGUUUCGAGGAAACUUUAUGAACUUAUUGCGGACCCAAAUCAUGCAGAUGGAGAUAAGAGUUCAUGGGAAAAGAUUGCCACGACGGAAGUUGGUAAGGCGGUUCAAUCUUUGGGAAAUCAAAUCUCAUGA